AUGAAGCGGCCCAGGCAGCCGAGCGGCUCCGACGGCGAGCCCGAAGGACCCAUCGACGUGGGCCACGAGGGCGAGCUGAGCCAGAUGGCCAGGCCGCUGUCCUCCCCCAGCCCCUCGCAGAUGCAAGCCAGGAAGAAACGCAGAGGGAUUAUAGAGAAAAGGCGCCGAGACCGCAUCAACAGCAGCCUUUCUGAAUUGCGGCGCUUGGUCCCCACUGCCUUUGAGAAACAGGGCUCUUCCAAGCUGGAGAAAGCUGAGGUCUUGCAGAUGACGGUGGAUCACUUGAAAAUGCUCCAUGCCACUGGUGGGACAGGAUUCUUUGAUGCCCGAGCCCUGGCAGUUGACUUCCGGAGCAUUGGUUUUCGGGAGUGCCUCACUGAAGUCAUCAGGUACUUGGGGGUCCUGGAAGGGCCCAGCAGCCGUGCGGAUCCUGUCCGGAUUCGCCUUCUCUCCCACCUCAACAGCUACGCAGCUGAGAUGGAGCCUUCGCCCAUGCCUGCCAGCCCCCUGGCUUUCCCUGCCUGGCCCUGGUCCUUCUUCCAAAGCUGUCCAGGGCUGCCGGCCCUGAACAACCAGCUCUCCAUCCUGGGAAGAGUGCCCGGCCCUGUCCUCCCUAGCGCCUCCUCUCCUACUUACCCCAUCCCAGCCCUCCGCAGAGCCCCUGGCCCCAUCCUGCCGGGCCGGAGGAAUUUGUUGCCAAUUCGAGGGGCAUCGUCCAUCCGGAGGACCCGCCCCCUGGAGAGGCCGGCUGCCCCUAUACUCAUGGCUCCCAGCAGCAGAGCUGCCAGAAGCAGCCACCUCGCUCCCCUCCUGCGGUCUUCCUCUCCCACACUCCCUGGUGCUGCGGGGUCCCCUGCUUAUGUGGCUGUUCCCGCCCCCAGCCCAUCUCCCCCAGGGCCUGCUGGGAGGCCUGCAGGAGCCAUGCUCUACCACUCUUGGGUCUCCGAAAUCACUGAAAUCGGGGCUUUCUGAGGUGGCUCCCCCAUGCCUCACCCCACCCCCUACCCCCGCAGGAGUAGGAUGGUUCUUUUUCCAAGAGCUCUAAAAAUGGCACUGCCUUUUCUGCUUUGCUUCCUGGACUGGCUCGUAUAUGAAGGCACCUUGUUCACACAUCAGAGGCCCUCUCCUCCUUCAGCCCAUCUCUCCUCCUCACUGCUCGUCCCUGCUUAUUCACCCAGCUCUCCUGUAGCUGUUCUGAUCACAGAGGCUUGGUCCUAUUGCCCACCUGCACAGAUGAAUCCUGGGACAGCCCCUACAAGCUGUGCCCAGACCCCUCUCCUGCCCAGUACACACAGGGCAACAGGCAUGAACCUUGGGUCUGGGAAUGAAGCUUUACCCAAAAGGGUGCCAGUACCAUGGCCUGAGGCAGGCUGCUUCCGUAGAGCGGUCAGACCCCAGUGAGGAGCAAUGUCUGACUUCCCAGGCCAAGGAGCUGCAAAACAGCAUCUGCCUCACUUCUUGGAGACAGUAACUGGGUAGGGUCUACAAAAAGGCCCCCUGGGAACCCCGUCUACCCCUGCCUACCUGCCUCUGGGCCACUACAUCAACAGGACAGAACUGUUCUCCACGACUGCCAAGGCCUGGAGAUGGGGGGCUAAGUAGGCCCUGCUCUCACCCUCCCCCCCAGCUGCAGACACUGUCCUCCAGCUGACUAACAGUUCCCUGCACACAGUUGGCCUGACAAGCCCAGCUGGAAGGUUUCUGGGCAGCAGCAAAACUCUGAUAGGGUGUCCUCCACACCAGGCCUCGGACAGCUCUCCCAGACAGGAGCCAGGCUUGAGUGACAGAGAACUGGCUCCCUGCCUCUGACGGUCACCAUCCUCUCAGCGUGCGGUCCUUCCCUGUUGGGUGCACAGUGUGGAGGGGCCAUGCCCCACGUGACGGCACCCAGAGAGGAAUCCUCUUGGGAUUCAGCACCAGACGUCUGGUGCUGCCUGGUUUGCAUCCGGCUCACAGAGCCCAGACUGCUGGAACAGCCAAGAGCUGUCAGGCUGGACAAAAAUAACUGCGAUGAGGGGCAAGAGGAAGGACACUCAGGGGCAGCUUGGCCCUUCAAGGUCACACAGUGGGUCAAGAGCCUGAGAUUCUGCUCACCCAGGAUUCCACACAGCUGGCUCUGCUCAGAGGCCAUUUCAUUACCCAGCUCCACCCCAGGCCACUUUCCCCCAGCAGAGAGAACAAAUGGCCCAGCAACCUCAUUCCCAGUGGAACAGCAGGGACUGGACUGACAGUCAGCAGGACCAGUGUUGCCAUACCAGUUGAUGAAAUGUAGACACACUUCUGUGCUCAUUAGUAAAUGUUUGUUACCCCCGAGUGUCCCCCACCACCCAGCAUUUCCUCCUAGAACCCCUAUGAUCUGGGUAAUGACUGGCAGACCCCCGGCUGUGAGGUCCUUGAGCUGGCAGUUUAUUGGCACUCAUUCCACACUGGCUAUUAAAUACUUCAGGUGUCACCCCUAGGAAGAUUCAUCCAUUCCCACCCUUUGAUAGAACCAUUCUCCCCAGAGCCUGCAUUGAAGAGACUCCAUGGGCUCAAAAGUGCAGUUUGCAAAGACCCUUGGGGAAAAGGGCCCUUUCAGAGAAGUAGGUAAGAGGACAAAGGUCAUUUGAGUGACCCAGAAAGCUCUUGAAAAGGCAAAGUCCUCGAGGACUGAUGAAGAGGUAAGCAGUUCUUUCACUCCUUAGCAUGAGCUGGUUGGGAGGACACAUUGCUGUCCUCCAGGGCCCGUCGGAGCUGUGCAGCAGCGAGGAGCGAGGGCAUUGUUUCAGAGAGUGGGCCCUGGCAGGGAGUGCACUUGACAGUCACACAGGCUCCCAGGAGUGGGGUGAGGGGAACAGAGGAGGUGACAGAAGGCAAAGACCAACCUCACCUUUCUUACGAAGGGGCACACUCAGGACAGGAAGAACAGUUCCUCCUCCUCCUCGCCCAUUGCUCCCAGGAUAGCAGAUCGGUGCUGGAAUUGUGCAGUUUGGCAGCUUCCUAGCCUGAGGGUCCAACGUGUUCACUCAUAGCGGGGCUGUGGGAAAUGCAUUUCCAUACUGCAGGUACCGAACUCCAGAGGAAUCUGUGGACACCGUUGAAAUGAGUGCAAAUGGCCCAACACUUUCAGCAUCUUAGUGACCUUGGGUUCAUUCUCCCUGAGCAACGGGGUGAAAAGUGACUGUGUGAUUUGUUUCUGUGGCUGAGGAUUUGAAUCUGUUUCUGUUCCCAAGCCUUCCUGGUAGCCCCAACUCCUGCCCUAUUGCAGCGAUUGUUGCAAACAUUCAAUAAAGAUAUUUUAGUUCUUCUGGAAACAUCCAAUAGAUUCUACUUCUUAAAUAUCUCUGGAGUCUGUCCACUUCUGUUUGAAUCCACAGCCACCACCCUGGUCUGGCCACAUCACCUCCUCCAGAUCACUGCCCUGGCCUCCAAAAAGUUUUCCCUCUUGCUUUGUCGGUCAGUCCUUAACAGCAACCAGAGAGAACCUGCAACAUGCAGAUCAUAUUUGUGCCAACUCUGGUUGAAAACCUUCACUCUGUUUCCCUGUCAUUCUGAAGGUAAAAUCCAAGCUCUUCCUCUCUUGGUCCCAACCUCGCUUCCAGCCUCAUUUCUUGCCAGUCCCAAACUUGCUCCCUGUGUUUGUGCUACCCUGGCCUUCCUUCAUUCCCUCAAAAUUCCAACCUCAUUCCCACUUCCAGGUCUUUGCAUAUGCUUUUCCUUUUGCCCAGAAUGCUCUUCCCUUACCCUUUGCAUGGCUGAGUUCUUCAGACCCUAAUGCCUUGACUUAAAUGUCACCUCCUCAGAGAGGCCUUCCCUGACUACUGUCCUUGCAUAGUUACUUUAUCUCAGAGACCCAUAUUCUUUCCCUUGGCAAAUGAGGAAUUUGCCAUUGUGAAUCCAUUGUUUCCUUCCUUGUUGGUCAGCUGUCUCCUCCACUAGAAUGUAAGCUCUGUGAGGCCAGGGACCAUGCCUCAUUUUCC